GCGAGGGGAUGAUGCUGCCGCCUUGGGAAAGAAGCAAAAGUGCACACCUUCCGAUAUUUGCUGAAACACCAUUCACGCCCACGACGUUCCAAUCUGCAGGUUUGCUCCACCAGAAGGGCUUAGUGUAUAAGGAAAUGGAGCGCAACCCCACUUUGUUGUACAACCUGAUGGAGUUCUUCUGCCCAACCGAUAAUGCAGUUAUGUUCCUCGGGAAGGCUCACGCCCAAGUUAUGUGGAACCUCCUCAGGAGUGGGCGCCACGUAGUUGCAGUGGAGGGGGACACAGAGCUCCUCAGCUUUCUGAAUACAUACGUCAUGCAUGAGAUCAACAUUGGAGUUCACAACUGCGAACUGUACACUGGGCAAAGCGCAAUGGACCAUGACCCCAACAGGAACUUCAGGUUCAAGCUCUCCUCGGACAAAAGGGCGAAGCUCUACAAGUUUUUGUUCCUCGACACUCGUCCUACGUACCAGACAGAGGACGACUACAAGGCACGCCGACACGUUGCGAUCGAAACGUUGGAUGGUUACCAUGGCGGGUCUAGGGAGGCGGCGGCCAAGUUCGUCGAGAAACUGGAGGAGUGUUAUUUCGACCAAGGCAAGCCCGAAGUCACUCUCAAUAUUUUCAGGGCGCACUUCACCGAGGAGGAGGACUUUAACCCCAACGACGAUGAAGAGGUCAGCGAAGGUAAUGAGGAGUUCGAUUUAGAUGCAACAUACCGCAAGCAUGCUGCAGCUGUAGCGUCGUCGUCAACUCCUGCAAGUUCCCAGCACUGCUUCCGGCUGGAAACGUCCUUGCUGCCGUCAACUCAGACGUUUGUCAUGCGGCCCUCAGAACUCCCUUCACCUACACUCGCGCUAGGUCGGUGCGCGGAGGAGAGAGAAGUUAGCGUGUCGGAACAGGAAAAGGGAGUUAUCCAUCGUUCGUUGGGCGAUGACGUCGUCAGAAAGCUCUCCAAUGACGACGAAGACCUUACUGUGGUCGAUUCUAGUCCACGUGAGGCUUCGGGAGGUAGGAUGGCUCUGGAAGAACUGUCUCUCAAUGAGGAUGUCGAGAAGCCGUGCGUCGACUCUCUUGAUCCCUCUGCUGAGGAGGUUCUUCGAAUUGUCGAUGCUGACAUCAAGGACUUGUCCAAGUUUUCCGCGAGUCUGGACCACAUUGUUGCAUCGGGGAAGAUGAAAGGAGGAGGUAUAGUGUUGGGUCUGAAAGCCACAUGCGUACAGGCGGAGGUGGCACGAAUUGGAGCUCACAAGGCCGAGGAUGUUGUUGAACAUGCUGGAGACGACGCUGUGGCUGGCAAGCAGUGACUUGCGUUGCUUAACUCUGGGCCUAUCUAGUGCAGAACGU